GACGGUUUGACCUUCAAGUGCUCAGUAACCUCCCUCAAUGGACGGUGCCAAUGGAUCGUUGACCGUUUGCUUACCUUCGGUCGGUUAGAUUCUAUUCCCAAAGAUGACGGUUACAUACUCGUCGGUUGUGGCAACUGCGAAAUAUUGGACUUUUAUAAGAUUAUUGUUUAUGUGGAAAGGAAGCGUUUAUCGUCUGGUUUGGUUCGAGUUUUUGGUCUUCGUCGGUAUAUACUCCGUUUUAUCUGUUACAUACAGGUUUAUCCUCAGUGCGACACUGAAGAGGUAUUUUGAGCUAUUGUGCAUCUAUUGUGGCCAGUACAACGAAACGGUUCCUGUAGCAUUCGUUUUGGGCUUUUACGUUUCACUUAUUGUUCAACGUUGGUGGGAACAGUUCCUAGCAUUACCAUGGCCUGAUCGUUUGGCUUUGUUUAUAACAGCUUUUUGUCAUGGGAACGCUGAACGCCCAACAAGAAUCAGGCGAAAUAUAGUUCGAUAUAUCAAUCUAUCUUAUUGUAUUGCGUUACGUGCAAUCUCAUCUCGAGCUCGCUUGCGUUUUCCAACAGAAGAACAUCUUGUUACUGCAGGAUUGAUGACACAAGAAGAAUUGGAUAUUUAUCGUAGUACUCAACCCAGUGAAUAUACUUUAUACUUUGUUCCGUUAGUAUGGGCCUUAGAUAUGGUUACAAAAGCUCGUGAAGAAGGCUACAUACGCUUUGAUAGAGCUGUAGAAAUUUUGACGAAUGAAAUCACAUCAUUUCGUAGUAAAUUAGGUACAAUAUUUGCUUAUGAUUGGGUUAAUCCUCCACUCGUGUAUACCCAAACUGUAACAAUUGCUGUAUAUGGAUAUUUUGGUACAUGUUUACUUGCAUGGCAGUAUUUAGACCCAUCGAAACAAUAUGAAGGUCAUGAUGUUGAUAUUUAUGUGCCAAUUUUCGGUUUACUACGUUUCUUCUUCUAUAUUGGAUGGCUGAAGGUUGCAGAGUCAUUAAUUAAUCCAUUUGGUGAAGAUGUUGAUGAUUUUGAAAUUGAAUAUUUAAUUGAAAGAAAUUUACAACUUCGAUUGACUGGAUACAGCGCUUUUUCGGAAAUCUUUUGAGUAGGUUUCUUAUCUAAUUGUCGAUGGAAUGCAUCAUGAGCAUCCUGAUCUUGUACGUGAUGCAUACUGGAAUACUACGGACAUUGUACUACCAGACUGGACAAAAAUUGCAACUGAUGGCGGUGCUGCAGAAGCCAAUUUGGAUGCAUCAGAAGGAGCUGAUAAAUUUAUUGGCUCGUUAGCAAAUAUUGAUGUUACCGAACGUAGACCAAGUGUAUUAUUUUGGAAUAGUUCAAAUCUGCACCGACGAAGGACAUCUUCAACGAGUGCAAAAUAAUUACUAUUAUUAUUCCAGUUGGAUUGGAGUUUUGAAAAUGUUUUGUACUUAUGAUUAAUAAACUCCUGACUAUUAUCUUAUAACUUGACUUAUUUCUUAAAUUUAAGAUCUCCACAAAUAUCAUGAACAAGAAUUUUGAGCUUAGAUCUAUGACUUACAUAGAGAUAUAUCUUAAUGACAUAUGGAAAACAUCUUUUCUUUUAAUAAGUAUUACUCGUACUUUUUGUUUUUUAUUUGUAUAAUCCAUAAUGAAUUGACUAAAUUUCGGUGUUGUUGAUCUAAAAUAAUGUGAGAAAUCUUUUUGUAAUCUAAUUUGCCUUAAUUGAGAUUUUCAUUCAUAUUGAACCAAACAAACAACUUUGUUUAAUAAAAUUGAAAGAGGGAUAAUGAUGAUUGAAUGAAAUAUGUGAAGUACAAUCUUUUUUCCAUACUUUGAAGAGUUCAAUUCUUAUCUUGAAUAUGAGAGUUGGAUGUGUAUUGUAAAAACAAACGUAUUUGAAUGAUAACAUACUAAACAAAUUUAUUACCUAACCAUAAUCUUAAAAAGAAAGAUUUUUCUAUUAUAAACUAUGUUUUACUCAAUAGUAGAUUUUUCCGCCAUGGUUUUUAGUUUCAUAAUUAUGAUGGUUACUAUGGAGAUUGUUAUAUAUAUAUAUAUACAAUUACUAUUAUUGACUGUUAAAUGGUUCUUUAGGUUUGAUCUUCUGACACUAUUCUUUUCUCUGCUCGCAUAAAACGCUGAUUUUCGUUCCUAGAUACAUUGCUGCACACAUAUACUUCUUGUUCUCACUUAUCAGUUGCCGUUAUUUGCGUUUGCAGACAUUCCCAUUACGUGAUUAUUUACUUUGAAUUAUAUUUAUCAUAUUUGUAACUAUUGGCUACUUCUUAUAAUUGUCGAUUACGAGACCAAAACUCGAACACACAUCCUACUGACUGCUUAAGUAAAGUCCCGCAAUUUUCUAUUUGUAUAUAUUAUCAAUUGUCUUGAUACUUUUUGCAUUAUUUUGAAAUUCAGCAGUAAGCUCAUUGAAUUUCUUAUCACCUACCACCUGCUGUAAUUUAGACAAUUAACCCACUAUGUAAAAGUAUGUGUGAAUCUAAUUGAGCUCAAUCUUUAUCUAUCCCCCCAUUGUUUGUUGACACAGACAAUCAACGACUUACCUACAGUUAAUUAGCACUCAUAAAAUACAUGGAUUUCUCGACCUUUACACUCUUGCUUCCCAACGCACUUGGCUUUCGCGUGCUCGCGAAUUUUAUUAAUUAUCAUUAAUACACUCACUAUCCCAGUACUAUUAGGAGAAUUGGUGCUGUAAGUUCUUUACUGUGCAGCUGUUCGUCCCUUUCCCAGCAUACAUGCCCUAGCACAGUACAAUUUACAGUCACUAAUCUUUGGAGAUUUGAUCUUGAAC